GGCUACGCAUUGUUCUCCCUCCUACCACCACUGCGACGUGUCAUUCUUUCCUUCAGCCUCGCGUCAGGCCAGCCUCAUUGUCUUUGAACAUCAUUGUGCUGCGGUCUUCACUGAAGAUUUGUGACCGUACUAUCUAAUCGUCGAUCCGAGCAUAAUUACAGUCUUUACGAAUGAUUCGCCGAACACCAACUCUCAUCGCACUGAAUGAUAACGACGUUCAAGACGUUCGAGAGGAGCUCAUGCGAAAGGCUAUGGAGGCACACGAAGCAGCACACAAGGCUCAGCAGGCUACUAAUGUGAAGAACGAGGAGUACAAGAAGGCUGAAGAGGAGAGAAAGAAAAAGGCUGCCCAGACCAAGGAAGAAAGGUUGGGCUUGCAGUAGCGUGUCCUUCGAACAUGGGGUGGCGAUGGGAGCGCAGCGAAGCACAGUGAUAACCCAUCGUACAGUAUGUAACUAAUUUGUGCAAGUAGAUGUCCAAUGUACAUUAUGUCAUAUCGAUUUGAAUCGAGCAGGUGUUGAAUACCUUGAUCAAUGGGACGUUUUCAAAAACCUGGUCACCCUGAAACACUUCCCACCGUGCAAAGCUUCCAGGGACCGCAUCGGAUUUUGGUUAGCAAGUUAAGUGUGUGAUACGGCUUGACCCUUGAUAUAUGACAAGGGCGUUGAACUUGUCCUUGGGGUGGCAUGGGGUGGCAGCUCCGAUAUUCUUAUAAACUACCGGACAGGUUGAUAUGGAAGAUUCGGCCUUG